AUGUCCAACGAGUUCCUCCACUUGUCGCCCUCCCGCAACCUCAUAGAUCCGUUGAUCUACAACGGCUUCGAAGACGACAAGAAGACCUCUGGCUCCUCCAAAUCCAAGACCUCGUCGUCCACAACUUCCUCCACUUCAGCGCCUGCCAACGACAAAGACCAGCCUUCGGUGCCGCCAUCCGCGUCCAAGUUCUACGGUGCAAACUCCACCAACCUCACGGGCUGGACGCCCCUCAUCUCCAAAACAUACUUCAAUGAACAACUCAUGUCAUUCAAUUCCACCCCCAACAAGCAUUUCUUCUCGUCCUCAGCCAACCCCAACAUGAGCAGCCACGAGUACGUGGACUACUCGCAGGGCUUGAACUUGACGCCAUUUCUCACCCACAAUAUCAACAUCUUGAACGGCCAUCCGUCGGCAUCUUCCAAUUCCAUCAGCCAUCAAUUGAGCAACAUCACCCCGUUCCACGACAAAACCUUGCAUUUGGCCGAUUUCCUCAUGGACUCGCCCAUCCGCAAAACCCCCAUCAAGGACUUGGACACCAUAACCCCGUCGAAAUUCAGGUUGGGCAGCGAAAAGAAACUCCUCAAACAAUCUUUUCUACAAGACCCCAAGUCGGCCCUGAAACGCUCCAUCACCCAGAUCGACACGCCCCCCAGGCAGCCACACAAAUUGUCGAUAUCCACUAAGGCUGACCGUAGCAAUGAAGAUGAAGACGAAGAAACCGAUGAUUCCCGGAAACACACAGCCAGUAGUGAUGACGAGGAUGUGAAUGACAAAGAAAACAGGGUGCCGAAGUCGAAAUACUACUUGCAAACACCCUCAAAGAGUGCGCUUUCUGACAUAUCGAACUUGAGGAAAACGCCCAUCAAGUCAACGCCAUUGAAGAUGGAGAAAGCCACCAUGGUCAACCUCAGCAGCUUCCAGACUCCUGCCAAGCAAGUUCCACUUUCCUCGCCUUCUACGGAAAUCAUGUCUAGUGCAGUAAGAUCAGAUUCGCCUACUCGUACCUCUCGGCGUAUCACAGAAGAAACCGAUGACGAACUGGAGGAAGAAGACAAGAAACACAAUUUAAAUCAUCCCCCUAGCCCUACCCCAAACAAGGACCCUAAAACUCACAGCAAAGGAGAACCUGUUAUGGGGGUCUUUUCUGAGAAAAAAUCGAAAUUGCCUGUGAAAGCAAAAAUGGGAGGCCCAAACAAUGCCAAACAGAUGGGAAAGUCGGAGACUGCCAUCAAACCCAAGAAUAAUAAAGCACGCAUGCAAGCAGGUAUGAACAAAUUUCAAAUCGUCUUUACUGAUGUCCAUGCAUUAAUGAACAACAAAAAUAAGAAAAAGGAUAGUGAAAGUGCCAGUGGGACCACUAGUACCAGCAACUCCAAUCCUAAACUACAGCGGUUCUCUAGUUCAACUGAAGUACCUGAUGUUAAGAAUGCUAAGUCAAAGAAUAAAUUGGUUCGAUCAUCCACUGCACCUGUGCCCAAUCAAUCAAUGGGCUCUGGAGUAACUAUGUCUUAUCCUCAGGUGGUACUGACACCUUCGUCUCAACCAGGUUCUUCCCAUGAUCACAGCACUACCAUUAACACAACCAAAGAAUUGAGCAUAAUAUCUGGUAACAACAACUCAAUGAACACCAGUCACUUGAACAUGAGCACUGGUCAAGAUCAUUCGUCCUUUGAGUUAGGAGGUUUGUCCUCCACUCCUAAUGGCAAGUACUUUUUAGAUAAAAUACUUGAGAAACCUUCACCGCAAUCUCAAAACCUACUCAAUCAGGCAAACAACUAUUUCCUUAACCAAUCAUACGGAUCCAUGCUUCCCCCUCACAAGCAGCAGUCUCAGCAAGUACGUAGUCUGCAGAACUCAUCAAACCAACAUCCCAUGAUGAUGAUGAUGAGUACACCACAACAUCAAAAUGUGAUUAACUACAGUCCUAAUGUUUACACCAGUGAGGUUUCUCCAUCUAACGGAGAAGCGAAUGAGUCCAAUAAUCAACUUAAUCAACACCCUUUCGGAUAUUCCAAGGAUGUCAACAACAGUUCCCAAAACUAUUGCAUGGUUAACAUGCAUGGUCAAUCAGUGAUGAUGCCUAUCAUGAUGAACUCCAAAUCUGAUCCUCAAUUCUCAGGGGCAGGGUCGUCUGGUAAUGAGGAAAUAAUGAAACCGGACGAUCUGAUUUGA